AAAAGGAUAGACCACUGAACGAAGACGGAGAAGCCUAAAAAAAUACGAAUUUAAUGGUGUGCCUCACAUAUACAGACUAGUCUCGACUCCAAAGUUGUCAGACGCGUUAUAAAGCCGAUUAAUUGGAAUUCAGUGAUCGAGUGACUCGGCCAGCAUCUCCAAUAAAAUACUAGUCGCUUCCAGAUCGGCGUGUUUACCAACCAACUGAGUCAGUUACCGCACUGCUGUCGUCGCUAAAACAGGGUCUCACAUCGACACACCGUACUGUAUACUAGGUGUCACAACUAGUGAACACAAAGCCUUUGAGAUAAUGGCGCUGGAGGCGAUUGUCACGGCCCUGGCCUGCCUCAGCGCCUCCCCAAAUUCGUCGGAGAGCAGCCACCAUUCCAUGAUAAUGAAGAACUCCGUGGAGCCAAUGGCUUUAGAUAGCUGUCCUGGGAGCACCUUGGGAGCUUUGGCUCUUCGGAUUCAGUUUAUGACGGAUGAGCUGCAGUCACUCAGAACGGAACUCAACGAACUGCAGCAGUUGAUCGACGAAUACAAAAGACGCGCCCAAGAAGCUCCUCUCGGAACCAGAAUCCUGCAACCUUCCUCGCCUUUGAUACUCAACACCGUGCCGGACAAAACGCCGAAGAACUGCUUCGGCCAAAGCCACGGACAGGUUCGGAUACGAAUCGGCCACAACAAGGAACCCUUCUUCGUCAGCUGCGACCAAAAAAUUCGCUACGGAAACGGGGAAGGAGGCUGGCUGGUGGUGGCCUACAGGUUCGACGGCAGCGAGGAAUUUAACCGCGACUGGCAGAACUACAAAGCCGGCUUCGGGGUCCUCAACGGGGAGUUCUUCAUCGGCCUUGACAAGCUCCAUAGGCUGACGAACGGCGAAGAGCAGGAGUUGCUGGUGGUGAUGCGGAACAAGAACAGGGAGGAGCGGUUCGCCAUCUACGACCACUUCAGCAUCGGCAGCGAGGCAGAGAAGUACCUGCUCUACGUUCUGGGAGCCUACAGCGGCGACGCUGGCGACUCGCUGCGCUACCACGCCGGCAAGAAGUUUACCACCUACGACCAGGACAACGACGACAACGGGCAGAACUGCGCCAGAACCCACGCGGGAGCCUGGUGGUACGGCCGCGAGUGCUUCGAAAGCAACCUCUUCGGGACCUUCCAGACCAAGUACGGGGCAGAGAUCGACUACUUCAAGGGCAUCCUGUGGAAGACCUUCCUGCCAGGACCCAAGGGCUCCCUAGCCUACGUCCGGAUGCUGAUUCGACCCCGCAAGAAGCCCUGAUUGUCGGCCGAGAGGAGCUGGCAUCUUUGACUCCCCAGAAGACUAAUUAGCUUUCCUAAAAAUAAACAGCGACUACUAGA